AUGAAAUAUCGUUCAACGAGAGGCUUCCCGACGUCUAUAUCAUUUUCGGAAGCUGUCCAACUUGGCCUAUCUCCAGAUGGCGGUCUCUUUAUACCAAAUAGCAUUCCCACCCUUCCGUUUAACUGGCCUUCUACUUUCUUCGAUCUCUCUUUUAAUUCACUCGCUCUAGAAAUAUUUUCUCUAUAUGUGCCAGAAUCUGAAAUACCACGUUCCGAUUUGGAGGUCUUGAUAGACAGAUCAUAUUCUACUUUCAGGCAUCCUAGCGUAGCUCCACUGACGAAAAUCAAAGAUAAUCUAUACGUUUUGGAAUUGUUCCAUGGACCUACGUUCGCGUUUAAAGACGUGGCAUUACAGUUUUUGGGCAACUUGUUUGAAUACUUGUUAGAGAAAAAAAAUAAAAAGGAAGGGAAAGAGGAAAGAAUAACUGUUCUGGGAGCCACAAGCGGCGACACUGGAAGUGCCGCUAUUUACGGAUUGAAAGGCAAAAAAAACAUUUCAGUAUUUAUACUACAUCCAUUUGGGAGAGUAUCACCCAUUCAAGAGGCACAAAUGACAACAGUAUUAGAUAGUAAUAUCCAUAAUCUGGCAGUAAAAGGAACAUUUGACGAUUGUCAGGACACGGUAAAAGCACUCUUUGGGGACACAGAAUUCAACAGCAAAUACCAUCUGGGCGCAGUGAAUUCCAUAAAUUGGGCUCGUAUUCUCGCCCAAAUUACCUAUUAUUUUCACUCAUACUUCCAACUUCUCCGCUCUCUCAAUUUAUCCCCUGAAGCACAGAUCAAAAUCCAAUACUGUGUACCAACUGGGAAUUUCGGUGAUAUUCUUGCCGGAUACUAUGCAAAACGCAUGGGCUUGCCGAUCUCGUCGUUGUUAUUAGCUACCAACUCUAAUGAUAUUUUGCAUCGAUUUUUCUCAACCGGUCAAUACGAGAAAGUACUUGUUGGCAGUGACGCGAACGCAAACACAUAUGUAUAUGAGACUUUGAGUCCGGCUAUGGACAUUGUAGUAUCGAGUAACUUUGAAAGAUUGUUAUGGUAUUUGGCGUAUGAGAAGACUGGUAAAGAAGAUGAAGCGAGUAUCACAGUGAAAAAUUGGAUGCAAGAUGUGAAGGACAACAAGGGUCUGACUGUGGAUGAAGAAAUAUUAAAUAUGGCGAGCAGAGAUUUUACGAGUUGUUGUACCAAUGAUGAUGAAACACUUGAUGUCAUAUCCAGAUAUUAUUCGCCUGAAUCAUCGGAUCAGGUGUCUCACAUUUUUGAUCCUCAUACAGCUGUCGGUAUUGCAGCCGCCGAGAAAAAGCAGAAUGAAGGAGUAAUACAAAUCUGUUUGGCAACGGCACACCCGGCUAAAUUCUCGAAAGCAGUAGAGACAGCUCUUAAAAAUGCACCUCACUUCAACUUUGACGAGAUUCUUCCACCAGAAUUUGUCGGUUUAUUAGAGAAAAAGAGGAGAGUUGUUCGUGUAGAGGGAGCUGAUCCUGGGCUGGUCAAAGAGGUUAUUGAGAGAGAAAUAAGGACAGAGAUGAGUUAA